AAACUCAAAGGAGAAAUAAAAGACGUGUGACAUUGUUAUUCCGUCAUUUUGUAGAUAAGAGUCGCAAAAUUCUAAAUUUUUUUAGUAAUCCAAAUUUGAUGAUUUUAUAUUAAAAUAGGCUUCGCUAUUUUAUUUAAAUUCUUGCAAGAAAUUUAUUUGUUUCAGGCCAAUACCCAACGGCGAGGAUUGGCAGGCUUGUUACAGGCCUGAUCUUUGUUAUUCAUUUUUAAGGCUUCUCAAAAUGUCUCAUAUCCCGUCGGGCCCCAACUGAGCUUGCUUAUAAUGGAGGGCGAGGGGAUGGUGGCGGUGGUGAGGGGGCUUCGCGACUCAGGUCUGGCGGUGACUCUGCUGGAUGGCUCGCGCCAGUAUACCCUCAUGCCUAAUACUAUAACGCACCCGAUGGCACAUCAUCGCCACCAAGUGACGAACUCGAGCGUGUCCACUCAGCAGUCGCCGCCGAAGACCACGGCGGACAGCGGCACUGAGCCAUCCGUCCCGCACUGCGACAGCGGGAUACAGGCCGUGGAUGGACGAUACACUAGUACUUAUAGGACUACCCACUGCCACGUGCGGGCUACGUCGCCCCCGGUGCAGUUGACUGAAUUUCCACCACAACGCCCGGAUAUUUAUCCCGGUCACGGUAACUUCCAAGUAGGGGGCCAAGGCAGCGGCAUGACCUACGCGCCUAUUAGGCCGGUCCCCCCCACCAGCUUUAGAGGGGGCCUCAACUGGCCUGACAGGGGGUCAGUCUGCUCCCCGCGCUCGUCUCAUGAGCCGGACGCGUUCGCUGCCUCUCUCCGAAAGUAUCCGAACCUAUCGCCGGACCGGUCUUCUGAGGUCGUCGAGAGACUCAUCAACUACACCCAAGCUAAGGGAAUAUCCAGACCUUUCCCCCGUAAUCAAAAUUCGCCCUCUCGGCUGCAAGAGCCCAGCUCCCACCACACGUUCGACCUCAAGGGCUGUCCAAGGUCGUCGAGGAUCUAUGAACCGGAAAUACUGAUAAGGACAAAGAACGAAGCACCUACUAGAGAGAAGAAGAGGGAAGAUCACGAUGUGAGGAUGAGAGGAUACGAUGCGAGAUGUAUCAGAGAUAUAUCGAAGCGUUUGAGGGAGAGCGUCAAGACUAUUUCUUCUUAUCCUUACAACCAACCAUCAUUGUGCCCGAUUAUCAAAGAAAUCCAUCAUUAUGACCAAGUUCGGGACCAAAGCAGCGUCAAUUCGGUGAACAUGGAAAUCCAAGCGGCUGUCAAGAUGAUAUCUAGAGAGGCGGCGACUAUACAACAUGAUAAACCUUCUGGAAUAACUGUGGCCGUCCCUGAUUCGCCGCCACCGUCGUCAGACGAACGGAAUGCCGAAGGUGAUUGCCCCUUGGCUCCACGUCUGAACACGCACACUUCAUUCAAAUCCAUACAAACCACAUGUUGCCCAUCUAACACUACUCUCAAACCACGAAAAUCUGCUCAAACAGUAUUCAGCUCUAUAGAAGUUUAUCCUAAACCAACCCGUCCUAAAUCUAUGGAAGGUAGAAAAAGCAAAUCCCAAGAGGAAGUUAAAGUUACGAACGAUGACUUGCGCCGAAGUCUUCUAGAACUUAUCGAAGACGUUUCUACUUGUACCAAAUCUAAGAAACGUAUCCGCGAUGAAUUGAUUAAAAAACUCUUUGACUCUGAAAUAACAGAGAAAGAGGAGAAGAAAAAAGAACAUGACAAAGUGAAACGCGAGCGCUGCCAUAAAUACGUAUCUACGUACUGGCCGAGCGGCUGCGACUUCACUGGAGAUUUUGAAGAGUUGUUAAAUCAACUUAAACAUUGGAAUGGGGACUCAAAAAACCGAUUAGACAAAUACAACGUACGGAACGCCGAAUACAAACAACUCGAUUUUGUUUUAAAAGAUUGGAUCAGUAGCUUGAAUAUCAAUAACAAAGAUAACCAAGAUAGAGGCGAUGUUUUAAAUACCCUUGAAGAUCAAAUUAAAGCAGUAUUCAAAGACAGAACUAAGCGAGAUUUCGAUUUGAAAGCAGAAGUCGUCAGAAUUAUAGGAGAAAUACCUAUUGAAGUGAAUAGUGGGUACACGAAAACGUCAUAUCUACAAAGAUUAGUCGAUGUCUUAUUCAGAAGAUUGAGAUCUGUAGUCAUAAAUCAGCAAAACGAAAGAAACAAGAAAUUGUUGAAUAAAUCCAAGAAAAUAUUUACUAGGGACGAUGUGAAAGAUUUUCUUAAGACUCAUCUCACUGGAUUGUUUGAGGAAUGUAAUAUAGACAUAUGCGAGAAUGUUAUGCAUGCUCUGCAAAAUGAUUUGAGAGAUAUACUCAUGGACUCUAUGGACUGCAUUCGAUGUGGGCACCUCGACGAUGCCCGCGAUGAAAUGAAUAUCGUUUUUCAAGGUCUCGGAUAUUUGACAGAAUGCCAAAAAGAUUACGUAAUUAAAAUUAUCCUUCAAAACUUACAAGUCAUGUUAAAUGAAAAUAACUACAGCUACACUUACACAAUUCUUCAUAGCGCCGUCUCUGGACAAAACAGUCGCAAUACAAACGAUACAGAUUUAAAUAUCAGUGCUGUUACUGAUUUUGAUUUAAGUACGAACCUAGAUUUUUAUACCAAUCAACUCAGUGUUAAGAUUCAUGAAUGGUUAGAUACUUUAGAUAUACCAAAAAUCCAAGAUCGAGGCUUUAGAGAAGUCGUUGUAAACGAUUUAGCGGGAGACAUCGUCGACCGACACAAAUAUCUAGAAAUGAACCCUAAAGUAAGAGGUUCAGACGAAGACGAAUUGGAAAAUUUGAAAUAUCAGAUAUUUAAAUGGAUCAACAAAUUAGUCGGUGAGGACAAUACUGAAACUAUUGCCCACGCCCAGGAUUUGAUGGAGAGGAUUAAAAGUGUGCCUUUGCCAUCACGCAAUAAACCGGAAGAAGAGGAGCCUAUACCUUUCGAUCCUAUGAGGCCAUGCUUAGGGGAAAAGGGCGCGACAUGUAGGAAAGACAAACCCAAGCAAACUGAGACCAAACCAAAAGAGCCAUGCUGUUCUAAAGAAUUCUGUCAGCUUUCAAAGAAUUCUAGUUGUACCAAAGAGAACUGUCAACCUGGUUCUUGCACAAAACCGCAGUGUCCUUAUAGUUCUCGCACCACAACUAGUAAAGAACAAUUAAAAGCACUGCUUUGUGGCUCACCUUCUUGUCCUUUCUCAGGGCAAAUGAUAGCACUAGGUCAAAAACCAUGUCACACCGACGUUUCUACAUCUGUUCAAAGUUAUCCUGGACACUCUUUACAUUCAGCUCAAAUUAGCCAAGGAGGAUAUGUUCCUCUAAGCCCAUAUGCCCAAACUCCAAACGCCAACCAAGGCCAAGUCCAAACCGGCGUAGGUCUAUACGGCCCACAAAUACCAUAUGGAAUCGACCCAAAUCUAGAUCAAUCUCAGUUCUGCCGACACACAUCAUGUUGUCCCCAAGGCCCUUACAAUCCAGAUCCAAGAGAAAUGGCUUAUGGUCCUCAAGGCCCGUAUGGUCAAGACCCAAACAAACUUCGACCUCCAUAUAACCAAGGGGCAUAUGGUCCUCAAAGCGCGUAUGGUCCCCAAGUUCAAGGUGCGUUAGGAGUGAGUGGUCAAGAUCCAAACCAAUUUAAACCCAACCAAGGUGCAUAUGCUCUUCAGGGUGCAACUGCUCCUCAGGGUGCAUAUGUUCCUCAGGGCGCAUCUCCUCAAGGUGCAUAUACUCCUCAAGGUGCUAAUGUUCCUCAGGGUGCAUUUACUCCUCAAGGUGCUAAUGUCCCUCAGGGCGCAUCUGCUCCUCAGGGUGCAUAUGCUCCUCAGGGUGCAUAUGCUCCUCAAGGCGCAUAUAUUCCUCAAGGCGCAUAUGUUCCGCAAAGUGUAUAUGGUCCCCCAGUCGCAAAUAGCCCUCAGGGAGCUUAUGCUCCACAGGGCGCAUAUGGACCGCAGAGUCCAUAUGGCCAAAAUCCAAACCAGACUCAAUCUCAAUAUAGCCAAGUUCCCCCAGGUCAAAAUAAUAUGGCUCCAAAUGAGGUUCAAUCUCAAUUUAGCCAAACUCCACAGGGCUUGUAUACCCAAAAUCCAAACCUGGGUCAAGCGCAACCUAGCCAAGGUCCUCAAAGCCAAUAUGAUCAGAAUAAAAACCAGGGUCAAUCUCAGUACAUUCAUGACCCGCAAGAGAAAAAUGGCCAACGCCCCCUCAUCGAAAGCAGUGGCAUUAACCCCCAAAAUAAUUCCGUUAAUCAAGGUCAAAAUGGCGUAGAUCCCCAAGCUAAAACUGUAAGUCCGCCAGUACAGAAAGACACCGGUCCUCAAGGCCAAAUCGGCCAAGGUCUCAAGGGACAACAGGGCAAAUCUUCUAAAGGCCAAACUGGUCGGGGUCCUAAGAAUCAAAGUGGUGUCCAGAAGCAAACUCGGCCUAUUUCCAAAAACCAAACUGUCCAAACUUCUAAAAGCCCAUCAGGACGAGCUACCAAAGACCAGGGUAGCCAAGGUCCUCUUAGCCAGUAUGGGCAAGAUCCUCAUAUCCAAUAUACGCAAGAUCCUCAAGGUCAAAAUGGGCAAGGUCCUCAUAGCCAAAUUGACCAAAGCAAAGGUCACCAGGUCUUAAAUGACAAAAGUACCCAAAGCCAAAACUAUCCCAACGUGGGUCAGUCACAACCUAGUCAAGGCCCCCUAGGCCAAUAUCUAAACCAGAAUACACCUCAGUUUAACCAAGGGUCGCAAAGUCAAAGUCCAAAGAAUCAAAAUGGUUCUUAUGGCUCCGAUAGCCAAGAUCCAAAUCAAACCGAUCCGUCCUGUCCGGGACCAAAAGGUCAAAUUUAUACCAGCCCAGAUCAACUGCCAGACCAGCUCGCUCUGGGCCCAAAUAAACGAUUUUCAGCAUCCGUCCAACUUCCUCCGGGGCCCUAUCAACAAGCUUACACAAACCCAGAACAAAGUCUUUCAGGACCAAAUAAACGAAUUUCCGUCAGCCCAGUUCACAUCGCUUCUGGGCAGGAUGACCCAAUUCUUACCCGCCUAGACCAACGCCCCGUAGAAACAAAUAGACGAGUUUCUACCGGCUCGAAUCAACACACUCCUCAGCCUAAAGAGCAAAUUUCUUCAAGCCCCGAUCGGCGCGCUUCCGGAGCCAAUAGACAAACUCAUACCAUCCCAAAUCAGCCCACACCGGAACCAAAUAAACGAAUUUCAUUCAGCUCAGACCAACAUCCAGAGCCUAAAGAACAAAGGUCUGCCAACUCAAACCAGGUUCCAGUUCCAGGGAAAAAACAAGUAAUUUCCGCUAGCCCAGACCGGCGCGCUUCGGGACCAAAAGGACAAAUUCUCUCCAGCCCAGUACAACGCAAUCCGGAUCAGAAGGGAAUUAUUCGCGCCAGUAUUGAUCAGAACACUCCGGGGCCAACUCAAACAACAGAUCAACGCGCACCAGAACCGAUAAGACGAAUUUCGUUUAGCCCAGACGAGCUCUCGCCCAAACAAAAUGGACAAAUUUCUGCCGCUCCAGACAAGCGCCCUCCAGGACCAAAAGGACGAAUUUCACCCAUCCCAGGCCAGCCCGCUCCCGCAUCAAAAGGGCAAGUUUCUGCCAACCCAACUCAAUUUUCUCCUAGGCCACAGGAGCAAAAUAUUGCGAGACCAAAUCAACUUCCUCCAGGACAAAAUAGUCUUUAUACUCAAGCGGGUCCGCUGGUCAAACCAAGUCCAGAAGCAGGUUCACAAGUUGCAAACAAUGAAUGGGGUUCAAUAUAUCAGCCAGCAAUGAGUGGUCCAGAUGGAACUUAUCAAGGUAGUCCUGAGUAUGCGCCGACUUUAGAACAAGGCGUUGCAACAACAGCUCCUAGGAGUCAAAUUCAAAAUAAACUUGGUUACCCUCCAAUGGCAGGACUCUUUAAUACAGGAGACCCUUGUUGUCCUGUCGGACCAUAUACAAUAGAGUCUCAGACUUUCAAAAAAUUCAACGAUGACUAUGACGAAUACAUUAAAGACUGGGUACAUAGGAUACCAAUAGCAGCAACUAAUCCAGGAGAACAAGCCGCUGCAGAUAAGACUAGGAUUGCAUUCUAUACAGGAAUAUGGAAGGCUAUUACUAAACUACGAUUAGAUCCCGAAAUACUUUCUAAUCCCUAUAACUUCAGAGAUCAAUUUGACGAUGAGAUUGAGGCCUUAUUUACAACGGUUCCAAAGUCAGAAGAGUUGGAUAGUGACAAAGAUACACUGAAGGCAGAACUGAUAGAAACAACAUUAGCAGUUAACGAUUUAAUAAAAAAAUCGAAUGAAAAUAAUUACUUUAAACGACAAAUAAUAGAGUGCAUUGAAAAUAACCUACCAGAACGACCCAACGCUGUUAAUCUAAAAGAACACAUGCAGCAAAAUGAAGAAGUCUUGAAAAUGGUUCUAGCGGAACAUUACAUACUUUACCUGAGAUAUAAAGACGAAGAUAACUUGAAGGCUAGAAUUUAUAAAACAAACUUUUUGAGAAAACUUGAACAAUUUCUUACUAUUUUGAAGACUGAUUAUUAUGAAGAUUCAAUGCAAACAAACACGUAUGCAAGUGAUAUUUUGAAUGCAUUGGAUAAAAUACCAGUGCAAAACAAAAAUAUUUUACAAGAUGAAGCUGAUGAAAUAUUACUUAGUACCGAGGUUGAAAAUUGGAUGUCUGAUUUACCCAUAGCCCAUGAUGAAAAGGGACCUUUAGAAAUGAGAAGACUAAGAGAUUUAAUAGUAAAGAAAGUUCAGGAUAUUGGGAAAAAUGUCACAUACACUGAUUGCUCAUAUUCAAAACCUUUGAAGGAAGAAUUACCAAAGAUUUUGGAGAGAUUGCCGAUGCUAUCUGAAAUGAAUUUAGACUUUAUGAUAGAAGAGUUAGCAAAUAGAGUCAAGUUCUUAACGAGAAGUUGUAAACCAACAUCUAAACAGCCACGUAAUUGUGAACAUUUUCAACAGAAUGUGGUUGCUACCUCCAGCCGCACGGACUAUUCUAAACAAGAUGCUCCAAGAUUCAUCGUUGGAAAUGUCUCACAGAGGAGUAAGUGGAAGAACUGGCCAAACUUCUCAGGAAAAGAUGUCGAGCAUCAGCAAUGGCAUUUGAAAGAUCAAAUAGCUAGCAAUAUAUCAGAGCCUGGUCAAGACCAGCCAGGUUUACCAUAUCAACUUGUUGGAAAUAAUAUCGAAGCCACAUAUUUGAGCCCCACCACUGAUACCGCAGAAAUUCCGUCCGAAACUAUACCUCCCAAUGUGCAAGGACCUUCAAAAAUAGAUCAUAACGGUGUCCAAGGUAGUGCAUCGCUAGGAAGCGAAACGUUCUUACCAGGAAUCGCACUGUUACCGCAAGUUAAUGUUUCGGAAACACCAUCACCAGGUAAUAUUGCGAAUACUCAAGAUUUGCCGUUAUCGACACUACAGAUCAACGUCGAAGCUGUUUCGCUAUCUGGCUUUAAACCUGAUGUCCAAUCAAGUCACUCAUUAGUAUUCCAAGCCCUCCCAGAAACAGCCUCCUUAGGAUUUCAGCCCGAUGUUCAAAGAUAUCCGAUAGCACUACCUCAGCAAAACCCAUCACGGACUUCAGGAUUAGCACCUGAAGUUCAGGCAACUGUUCAACCUGAAACCGACGCUGUACCUGUCUUUGUUCCUUGCCGCAUUAAUUUAUCAUUCGUGAACAAACGGCCCUCUCUCAACACGAUUAUUACAACGACAACACCGAUAAAUCUAAUAGUACCGGACGUAUACAAAUAUAAACAAGGAUUUAGUCCUGGGUCUCCACAAGUUGCAAGUGUAUUUCAAUAUGGUGAAGUGACGCCAACUACUAAAUAUGGUCAAAGUAUGACGGCACCAGAUAAUGAGGCUCCAAUAGCUAGCUCUGCAUUGGCGCCUGCAGAACAAAGGACAGAUCAAAGAGAUAUCCCCCAGAUAACUGACAAAAGUGGGUUCGUUCCAUAUGAUUACAUACAGAAUGCCAGUUCAGGCAACAAAGCCCUUAAUAACGAAGUUGUGAACGCUGGCCUUUCGAAACCAGGCCUCCAAGAAAAUAUCAAGCAAAUUGACGAUUUAUUAAACAAUCAACGAAUUAGUUUUGCACCACAACACAAGACAAACUUUAUCCCAGAUCCUGGAAGUCAGAAUUUAAGUUCUGAUAUUAAUCUCAACGACCAAUAUUACACCGCUCCAGGUGGCCGGCCAUCAAAAGCAGCUCGAAUCAGUUUUUCUCCAUAUAACCAAAUAAACUUAAUACGAAAUGAUGGAAGUCUCAUCGAUUCUCCUACUUCAGGACCCUUUGACCAAGCUAGUCUUCAAAAUAGACAAACAACAAACGCAACUCAGUUCAGUCAAGGGCCUCAAGAUAUUUAUGGUGAAAGUAAUCUGAUUCCGUACAACCAAUAUAAGACCUCAAUGCCAAAUUACCAAGCCAAGGGCAGAGAAUCUUUGGCUACAGCAGAUCAAACCAAAGUCGGUCUAGGGAGAGAUUCAAUUAAUCCUCGAUACAGUAUUGUGCCUGAAAAGAAAUUGAGCAUGACAGAACUACCGCUAUUAAACACUGCAUCUCAAGGAAAUGCCAUAAAUAAUCCACCCUCAGAUAAGCAAGAAGAUAUUUUCACAGAAAAUGAACCCACUGACGGGGAUUCAUACGAGCAGUUCUUAUUUAAAACUCGUGAAAGUGUUUGGGCUCAAGAUCAAAGAUACUCGGUCCCGUUUCCGAAUGUAACGAAUCCUACCCUACAGAGUAAUGAUUUUGAAUCUGUCGCAGGACCCUUCAUUCAACCUAAUGCCGUAUCAGAUCCAAAAACGGACGCCCGUCGAAUCAGUCAAGGCCCUUAUGGCUACGUACCGGAUUCCGCCGAACAAAGUGCCGGUCCUAGUAGACAAGAUGCUCAAAUUGAUGUUGCUUCUCAAAGUCAAUUUGUUUUAUUCCCCAAUAAGCAAGGUCAUGACAUAGGUACUGACCCUGAGCAAAUGACCCAAGGUAAUGUUAGUACUAAUGAUCAAUUACAAAAUAUGACAAAAUUGGGCGUGGUCGCUCAAAACCAAACCGAAUUAGUGCCAUUUGCGCAACGUCGCGAUGUUGGUACUCUAUCAGAUUCCGGACAAAUUGGCUCAGACCGUUACAAACAAGAUCAAAGUACUUUAGCGCAGGACGAGACUUCAAAAGAAAAACCAACCCAACAAAUUACUGAUACACCCAUACCUAGACGCUAUAGCCCACAUAUGGCGAAAAUGACACCUCAAGAUGUCGCGAAUUACAAACAAGAUCCUAAAGGAUUUUUCGAAAUACCUUUACUUAGUGAUAAAACUGCAGAAACCCGCCGCGUUUCGUUCCACUCCAGUAUUUAUAAACCAGACGAACAGACUGACGAGAGUGACCAGCCAGACACUGGGAGAUGCCAAACAGUAGACCAGUCAACUCAAAACCCACGAUGUAGUGUGUCGAUAGUAUACCCAGAACCUAAUGCAUGUAUGUCUGGUGCAUCUGGGAACGCAAAUUGGCGGCAAAACACUUGCGGUGGGAUUGGAAUUCAAGCCACCGCUGGAAUGCCAGGGCAAGAUGCUCAGCCGGCCUGUCCAUUACAAAACCGGAAUCACAUGGUAUGUGGACCGCCGCAGACUAAUACGGCCACAACCAACACAAGCCAUAAGCCCGGACUUUGUAAGGCCAUAGACAAUGUCGGUGUGCCUAUGAUCAAGCAUUUGAUUGAAGAUAACAAAAGUAAUUAUCAAUCGUGUUCUUCCCAAAACGGUACUACAAACUCGAACAGAAGGAAGCUGUGUUGUCCGCGGCCAGAGCGAUGCAUGAUUUCCGAGAGGCCGAUGAAAAAGUUUCGUAACCCCCAAAAACAAUAUAACGCAGUUAAGAAGAAGAUGGAUUAUACUGAAACGGAAACAGACACUGAAAAAGAGAAAGAUAUUAAAUGCAAAUGCAUGAAACGAACGAAGCGAUGCCGGACCCGACGAACUACCCUUAAUGACUAUCACUUAGACUACCCUCCUUGCUACCAACUUGUCCGCUAUCCUUGUUAUUAUUAACGCUCCUUUAUGACUUUCAACUGUUUCAUCCUUAGAUGAAUUUAGCACAAAGUCUUGCUAGAACGCUUCUUUACCAUCCGAAGCAUCAUUACAACUGUUAGCACCAAAGUCCGAAUUAUAAAUGUGCAUUUAAUCUCUUUCUGCAAUCCAAUUAUCUACAUAACAAUUUUACCUACUGCCGUAAUAAAAACUCUUUCACAUCGACACAUACCAGUAUUCACUUUAUCUUUAACCUAAACAAUAUCAUGAUUCUAUAGAAACACGCCACUCUUUUUUUAAAUAAAUGAGAUGUAUUUUCAAUACGGAUUAGAAAUUACUUGAAGUUUCGAUUACCAGUCCAUUUUGAAAUAAGUUUGGUCCUGUAAUUAAUUCGUAAUAAACGAAUAUUCCAACAAUGCUUGAAUUAUUUAU